AUUGAUGGAAUGGGCAGAGAUUCUCACGCUACCAAUAUUAUACCCUCUAGUCCACUUUGGAGGCCACGUCUUCGUCGAUCUUGAUCGUUAUUAGGAUUUCAGCUGAUCUACUGAAAGUAUAGGCUAUAGCCCUGCCUCUUGACUUUAGACUUUGGAGACUCUCCAUCCCAUUAAUUCCCAUGUAGCUUUGUUGCCUAUUCCCCCACCGGAAUGUUUCGGACCUUUCACUCGCGCGUACGAAUGGCUGCCUUCCAAAUCUUCUUCUCCAUCUUCUUCUUUUUCUGCUUCUUCUUCCUUCCUCAAAUAGCAUCAAGUGCCACCAUCUGCAAACCUUCAUCUUGUGAUAGCAUCCAAACCCCGCCGGUGAAGUUUCCUUUCCGACUGAGAGGUUCUCAAGAGGAAGCGUGUGGCUAUGAUCCGGGGUUCGAUCUCUCAUGCAACAACCAAGACCAAACAAUUCUCACUCUCCCUUCCUCCGGCGACUUCGUCGUCGCAGACAUCAUAUACUCGAUGCAGUGGCUGUAUAUCAGCGACCUGGAACAGUGCAUUUUCAGACGGUUCUUGCACAACUUUAGUCUAUCGGGCUCUCCUUUCCAGUUGGGCCCAUAUCCUCCUUAUGAUCUUCAUCAGAACGCCACCUUCUACAACUGCUCGUCCAACGUGACGAAUAUGCACUUUGGAUAUAGGCCCAUCGAUUGCCUUGGUAGCGAUGACUACAAAGUCUUGAUCGCGGGUACUGGACGCGUUGAUUAUUCGCCGCCGCCGGCGUCGUGUCGGGCGAUAGGGACCGCUAUGGUUCCUUUUUUGCAAAUGGAUGAUUCGCUGUUGAUCAGGUGGGAUGAGCCCAGUUGUGAAAUAUGUGAAGAGAGCGGCGGAGACUGUGCGCGCCUGAAUGCUACGAGUCCCGAAGUCGGAUGUUAUAAUGUCGAGAGCAACAGCCAAACUGGUCUUCCAAGGAGUGCAAAGUACGGGAUAGCCGUGGGUGUUGGAGUGCCCGGAGCAUUGUGUGUGAUUGGGCUCCUGGGUUACCUAUUUGGGCUUGUGAGGGCACAUACUCGAAGUAGACGCCCCUCUAACACAGAAAGUUCCACCUCAAUGAUUCCGCAACGAAUCGUUUUUGCAACCGGACUUGAUGGGCCCACAAUAGAAUCAUAUCCCAAGACUUUGCUCGGUGAGAGCCGGCGAUUACCAAAGCCCAAUGACAACACUUGCCCCAUAUGCUUGUCGGAGUACCUGCCCAAGGAAGAGCUAAGAACUAUACCGGAGUGCAAUCACUAUUUCCAUGUUAAUUGCAUAGAUGCUUGGCUGAAAAUGAACGCAACCUGCCCUAUAUGCCGGAAGUCGCCCGAUGGGUCCGCUCUAACUACCCCUUGGUCGACAUCUUCGUCCUCGUCGUCUUUAUUAGAAGUAUGAAACCGUUUAUCACGUUCUCAUUGUAUAAUGUAUAUAAUGUGUUUUGAGUUAAGUAGAGGGAUUGAGUACUGAUUUGGUUGAGUUAUAAAAAGGUGGUUGUUUACAUUUGUUUGAUGAAUAUAUAUAGAGUUUUGCUA